UUAUUAUUCCCGUUCCUAGCGAAUCCAUGCCCUCCGACUCAGCUCAUUCCCGGCGUCACAUUCGCGCGUCCGCCGCCCUCCUCCGUCCCUCGCAGGUCACUUCUCUCGCUCCCGCCAUGGCCAGCCGAACAGUAGAGCGAGUAGCACUCGUCUGCUUCGCGGCCUACACCGCAUACUCGCUACUGAUUCGUCCGCAUGAGCAGUCCCCAGCGGGUGGCUGCAGCGGCGCAGUGGCAGCAACAGCGGGGGAGGCAGCGGAAGGAAGGCCAGCGGAGUUGCAGCAGCGGCUACUGGCGGUGCGAGCGACGGUGGGAGCGAUGAUGCGGGGGAGAGGGGAGGGAGGUGCAGGAGACAGGGAUAGCAUAACGGGCAGUAGCAGCCUGUUUUUCAGGCGCCUCAAAAAUAGCAGCAGUAGCGGCAGUAACGGCAGCAACUGUAGCUGUAGCGCGACUCACGGGUGCUGCUGGUGCUGCGCAGAUGAUAGUGAGGAGAAUCGCCCUGGCGACAGCAGCAGCGGCAGCGGCAGCGGCAGCAGCAGCAGCGGUGCCAUGGGCGUCAGCAAAUCCAUCCCCGCGCUGCUAGCGGACCUCAUUAGCACCCCCCAGGGCCCGGUGGCCGCACUCUCAUGGCGCGGCAAGGGCGUGGAGGACGCGCCCCCGCCCUCCAUGGCCUCGCAGACGCUCACAGCGUUCGGACAGACUGCUUCGUUUGAGGAUGCGAGAGGCAAGAUUCUUCGAGUCAGUAUGGGGGGAGGCAUGGUCGUGAAUCUGAUGGCAACAGCGGCCGGCUCCCGCCGCAGUGGCGACAUGCACAACUGCUCACAACACGACGUCAUCCUCGCUGGCCGCACCAACCUCCACCUCAAGGACCUAGUGGGUGGUGGGGAGGAGGUUAAGGAGUACGACGGUCGCCUCAAUGUCAUCACCAUACCACCGCGAGUGCCGCACAUGUUCCACUUCUUGGAGGACAACCUCAUGAUCGAGUGGUGGGACUGCGACUUCCAAGCCUGGUACUACCGUCCGUAUCGUGACAUUGUUGCAGCAUAGCUAGAAGCAAGAGUAAGGUUGCCAUGAGCAGCAGCCCAUGAAAGGUGGCUGUGAAAGGUUGUGUACAUAAACGUGCUGGUCUGGAGUUUCCUAUUGUGCAUGGAAGUUUCCCGUCGGAAGUUUCCCAAAACCAUGUACAUGGAAGGACGCAGGUGAAAGAAUACUCGAGUGCACGUUUUUUUGUAGUGAUUAAUGUACAAACAGUGGGUAGAGAGACAGCCA